CGUAUGAUCAGCUGUGAGUGGCGAGAAAAGUUCGCCUCGGUUACUUUCAAAUUGAUAGAGAAAAAAAUCUGUAGAAAUAUUAAUUAAUAUAAAAACCGAAUGGAUUGAGGAAAAAAACUGUUAAGUCGGUUCGACGAACCGUGAAUUUCUGUGUAUGGUGUAUUAUCCCUUUCUCUCCCUCUCUCUUUUUCUUUAGUGUGAUUUUGUUUUUGUAAAACUAAUUUGAGAAUUAAGAAAAAAUUUGGAAAUAGAAGAAGAAAGAAAGAUAAACGUGAAAAAAAAGUGAUUAGUGUAUAUAGUUUUUCGUCAUUCACCGUUUAGCUCGAAUAUUUUUCGUGAGGGCUAGUGAGACAUGACGGGAACAGGUGACAAUAGAGGAGCUUCGCCAUGUUAGAUUUCGCGAGAUCGCGAAACGUGCGCCGUCUGCUGCUGCUGCUGCCACUAGUGGAGGAGAAGGAGAAGUGGCAUCAUACGGAAAGAGAGAGAUAGAGGGAGAGAGAAAAGCACGAUAUAUAUAUAUACAUAUAUAUACACAGAGAGAGAGAGAGAGAGAGAGAAAGAGAGAGGGGGAGAUAGUGAAUUUAUUUUGUUUUUCUCCGCUCUCCUUCGCGCUACUUUCACCCUCUCGAUACUGUGAUCCGCCUGAAAAUCAUCCAAGCUGGAUAGGUUACCCGAGUAUCUCCGCGAUACCGUGGAUUGGUUUAUGGGAUUAAAAUUUAAAAAAAAAAUAAACAAAUAUGACUGAAGGAGGUAGUAAAAGGUUAAAAAGAAGAUACUACGAAAAGUUUACAAAACUGUUUAAACUUCCGUGUUUUCAUCGACCCUAAAAAAAAUACAAACAAAAAUAAAUAAAUAAAAGAAGGGUGUUAAAAAUUUUUAUAAAGAAAAGAACCUCGAACUGAGCUCGAGCAACCGGCGAAAGUCAGUCGCUCGUAGCUACAGAAAGGUUCAAUGAGAACUAAUCAAGAUUUGGUGCAUACCGAGUGUACGUGAAAAAAUCCUUGGCCACGACGUCCUCCGUGGUAUCGUCGGUGGCCCGCCGAAAAGGUCAUCUUCGGCAGCUACGAUAACGGCUACUACGGUGACGUCGGCCUCAGGGAUAAUGUUACGUUCACCUGCUCGAGUUAUACUCCAUCAGGAGGGAAACAACGUAACUUCAGGUGUAUCGUCGUCCUCAUCGACAAUGUCAGCACCUGCAACUCCUGUUCAUCAUGGUGGUGGAGGUGGUAGUACAACUACUACUACUACUACUACCCCAGCAAGUUCAUCGUCACGACUCUCCCUUCUCGACACCUGCCACAGGAAAAUCAGGCUCUUCGGCGAACUCGUCGCAAAAGCCCGACGAAAGGAGAAAGAUGCGGGAACUACAGAGGAUCCUAAACUCUAUUUGGAAGAGGCAACUUUAGAAAGACAGCUGCCUGAGUUAGACUUAAGAAUGCUAGUUGAUCUGCCACCUGGUUUGGAUUAUAAUGAGUGGCUAGCAUCGCAUACCCUCGCACUGUUCGAUCAUAUUAAUCUCGUGUAUGGUACUAUAUCCGAGUUUUGCACUAUGACUGGUUGCCCAGAUAUGACUGGUCCUGGUCUGAGGACAUAUUUAUGGUUUGACGAGAAGGGUAAGAAAACGAGGGUGGCAGCGCCACAGUAUAUAGAUUAUGUUAUGACAUUCACACAACGCACUGUUAGCGAUGAAACUAUAUUUCCUACUAAAUAUGCAAAUGAAUUUCCAAGUUCGUUCGAAUCAAUAGUGCGUAAGAUCCUGCGGCUACUGUACCAUGUGGUGGCACACAUUUACCACUGCCACUUCCGAGAGGUGGCACUUUUGGGGUUGCACGCUCACCUCAAUUGUGUAUUUGCUCACCUCACUCUCCUUAAUCAACGCUUCAAUCUUAUUGAUCCCAAGGAAACGGAAAUCCUAGGAGACUUAGAGGCUGCUCUUUUGGGUGAUUCAUCAUCCACGCCUUCGCAAACUUUAGCCAUCCAGGAGACUCCGACCACAACCAGCUAGAUCACAAUGCACAGCAUGCCAGAGGUUGCAGUUCCUGAGAGUAGGUGACGAUAGGCGUUUGUUUGGUUUCUUAAAAAUAGAAUAUACAUGAAAGAAAGUUUACGAGAAAAAAUACACUUAUUACACAAACGCAUAUAUACAUACACACAGAAAAGAUGGAGCGAUUCUGUAAAAACCAAGUAGUACCUGUAAAUAGCGAAGUGUGAGAACUACAGCUGCAAUGAUGUAAUUAGGUUCCUCCGUUUGUUGUUUGUGAGAUUGUACAUAAUUUAUUAAUAACAAUAAGAUAUAUAUAUAUGAGAAGGAAGAGACGAAGAAGAUGAUAAAUUCAUUAAUUAUUAUAUUGAUGAAAAUUAGUUGAUGAGAUAUAAAAGAGAUCAUUUGUUCCAUACAAAAAUAAAUGAACCAAUAAGAAUAUUGUAAAGUUGAAGAGAAUAAUACCAAAUAUAUACCUGGUGUUAAGGCAA